AUGGCGCAGAGGGGUCGAAAGAGUGGCUCAACACGACGAGGUGCAGGUAAAGCGAAAACCCGGAAGCGUCAACUCAGUGUUUACGAAGUUUCUCAACUAGUGGUGAACAAGAAAAUCAAGUCCCGUCUAGAACUUUUGUCUUUUGCGCAAGAACAACAAAGAGAAGGUAAAACCGACCUCGUCCAGUUCAUAGCCAACCGGGGCUCCAAGGCAGUCGACGAAGCAAUCCGAGUGGGGUGGGAGUUAAAAGAAGCACCAAGUCUGGUAGUUCGGUACCGGCAAAGUCGUUUAGAGCGACUUCAGGUAGCCUUUGAAGGAGAUUGCAUCUUAAAUUGCAACAAGAAAUGGCUAGACCUCGCGAGAAAUAUACUCAUGCGAAACAAUAUCGAGAUAUCUGAGUUUGUAGGGGCUGUGCGGUUACUACUAGAGAAAGGACGGGGAAAAUAUCGAAACAUUUUAGUGACAGGGCCAUCUAACUGCGGAAAAACUUUUAUCCUAAAUCCAUUGAAUGUAAUCUACGACACAUUUAGUAACCCUGCUAGUACAAGCUUCGCGUGG